AUGAAUGCCAGAGAUAUACUAAAGCGUGCUGUUCAGUGCGAUAAGGCUGGGCGCAUUUUGGAAGCCCAAAAUCUCUACCAAGAUGGCGUACAAAUUCUUAUGAAAAUUGCAAGUAGUCACAUAAAUUUGAAAAAGAAAACAGUUCUUUACGAGCAUAUCAAGCAAUAUAUAGAUCGCGCUGAGGAAAUAAAAAAACGCGUGGACGAUCUUGUUGUAGUGGGUGAAGUCGUAAAGCGCUUACGAAUAGAAAACGAUUCCACCGGCAACAGCUAUCAAAGUCUCUUCGGAGAAUGUCUGGAUGGCAAAAUAAAAGAGGUCUGGCUAGAUGAACCUUAUUUGCAACAUGACUAUCAAUUCCAGAAUCUUGUCAUAUUUUUGGAGUUGGUGGUCAAAAAAUGUCGCAAUCUCAAGUAUAUACGAUUGGUAAAUAAAACUUACAGAAAUGCGGCCCAAUAUCAGCUAAACAUUUUAGAGGGACUCCGAGCGGAUUUGGGAAGCCGUGGUAUAAACUUCGCCAUUAGUUUCGAUGAGACAUUACAUGAUCGAAGAAUAGCACUGAGCAACGGAUAUAUCAUAAAAAUUGGUCGCGGUUUGCAUUUUUAUAAACGCAAUAUACCUGAAUACAGCCUCGGUUAUAAUGAUGCUGACUUUCGCAAAUGCUUGCAAACUGAUUUGGAGAUUUAUCGUACCAAGGACUUUAUUGCGUAGUCUAAAGCAUUUUGCACGAAUAAACACAUUUUU